CCUCGGCUCCCUCCUCCUCUCGAAACCCUGGGGCUUCGGGGCACCGGCGGGGGUCCGAGUGGGCAGGGACUGCAGGAGGGGCGUGCAGGGGCGCGGGGUCCCGCCGGGGAGCGCGCACGGAGCGGCGCCUCGGCCGCCCUGCUUCCUGGAGCUGUGCUCCUUUGACCCCAGUGGCAGUCCCUGUCACUGCACCGCUCGCGCUCCCUCCGGCUCGCCGCGCCCUCGCUCCCUCUCCUCGCCCCCUCGCUCGCUCUCUCCCCAGAUCGAGGCUGCUCAGGUCCUUUCUCCCCCCGCCUCCCUCUAGCGCCGCGCCCCCUGGCCCCCAGCCCCAGCCUGCGGCGGGACCUCCGGGGUCGAAGGUUCUGGCCCUCCCGCGCCCCUCGCCGCCCCCGCGCGCCCCCAGCGCUCCUCCAGCCGGCUCGGGCCGCUCGGCUAUGGAUCGCCUGCUCGCCGGGCGCUGAAGGCAUCCCCGGGACCCGGAGCGCAGCCCGGGAAAGAAAUGCACAGCGGUAUUGAUGAGUAGAUCCUUGGAUUCAGAGGUUGGCUGAAACGCACCAUGCCUGCUUCCAUCUUUUGCUCUGUAAAGUUGUGAAUUGCUCAUGCCUAUAGGGAGGAAGGAUGGCACAUGGGAUUCCUUCUCAAGGCAAAGUUACCAUAACGGUGGAUGAGUACAGCUCAAACCCCACCCAGGCAUUCACGCACUACAACAUCAACCAGAGCAGAUUCCAGCCUCCACAUGUACAUAUGGUCGACCCCAUCCCAUAUGACACUCCAAAACCAGCGGGCCACACGCGGUUUGUCUGCAUCUCAGACACACACUCCAGAACAGAUGGUAUCCAGAUGCCUUAUGGGGACAUCCUUCUCCACACAGGCGAUUUCACCGAGCUGGGACUGCCCUCAGAGGUUAAGAAGUUUAAUGACUGGUUAGGAAACCUGCCAUAUGAAUAUAAAAUAGUGAUUGCUGGGAAUCAUGAACUGACAUUUGAUAAGGAAUUCAUGGCAGACCUUGUUAAACAGGACUACUACCGUUUCCCCUCUGUGUCCAAAUUGAAACCAGAGGACUUUGACAAUGUUCAGUCCCUCCUGACAAACAGCAUUUACUUACAAGAUUCGGAGGUAACAGUGAAGGGAUUCAGGAUAUAUGGUGCACCUUGGACCCCGUGGUUUAAUGGAUGGGGCUUUAACCUACCCAGAGGUCAGUCUCUGCUGGACAAGUGGAACCUCAUCCCUGAGGGCAUUGACAUACUCAUGACACAUGGACCUCCUCUAGGUUUUCGAGACUGGGUUCCAAAGGAGCUUCAAAGAGUGGGCUGUGUGGAGCUGUUAAACACGGUUCAGAGGCGAGUCCGUCCCAAGCUCCAUGUGUUUGGUGGAAUCCAUGAAGUAAACCCUGUGAGCAUCUCCAAGGCACUGAGGACAAAAAUAUGUUCUCUGCCUUCAAAAACUUCCUAGUCUAGAGGAAACUGGCAUAGACACAAUUAAUUGAUGACCUGAUGAAUUAGCAUUGUGUGAGCUACAAUCCUGGCAUGAAUCAAGAACUAGAGAGGCACACAGGAAGGAAGGAAGAUGCCUCUCCUUGGUGAAGACAAAGAAGGCAUGAGGAGGAGGGGACAGGGAAGCUCACCUGGUGGACAACAGGCAAGGCAGCAGAGGAGGGCUCUGCUGGAAGAGGAAACAGACUGGGGAGGUGGGGCCAGUGCAUAAAGGGCCACUGCAAGAAGGGGUUGUAGGAGAAAAGGAAAGACAGAUCAGUCACUGAUGACCCCCUCCACCCCAGGUCUGCAGACAGAGCUGAUUCCUUCUCUAAGCCUCGGCAUCCCCUACCGACAAACAGUCCCUCCUGCUCCUUCUCUCCCAAGUCCUCUAAACAGCUUCAUGCCCAAACCACAGAGAGAACAUUCUCAGGCCUAAGGCAGGCCUUCCCGGCACAGAAUGUUUGGAGCCCUCUGUGAGAGAGCGGCUGGCCCCCUUAACUGUCCCCCUUCCCUCCGGGAGCCAAGGCGGGCACUGUGCACCUGCCCCUGAAUUGUGUGCAGCAGUUGCCGGCCUGGAGCUGAGUGACACAGCAGGUGCCUCCAGCCUGAAGACAAUUCCAUAUUUCAAUGGAGCGUCGCCACCAAAGCUUAUUAUCUAGGGCAAUAAAGUUUAGGAUUAGGGGGAUUCAGGAUGAUUGUGUGAUUCUCCACAAAGCUUAUCUUCUAAUAGACCAGCUGCUUUAUUAGGCCGCCCCCACCCACACCAGGCCCUUCCCAAAGCAUCCCAAGUCCCAGGCAGCCGAGGGGGGCCUUGAAGGCGGCAGUGGUAGACAGCUGGGGGUAUCAUAUCACCCUCAGUCUCCAUCUGCGAGUAUUAAAUUACGAGUGGCUUCCAGCUGGGCACACCCCAGCUCCCACCUUCCUCCCACAAAGCCAGCAUCAUCGUCAGGCAUCUGCCAAGGACACGAUGUGGCCGCCUCUCCCCUGCUGAUCCCCACCCUUGAACUCUAAAAGGGCCAGGUCUGGGUAUUUACUUGCUAUUAGGGCUGUCACUGUCACAGUGUGGAAUGCAGUGGAGUGGAGGCCUGGAGAGAGGGGGGGACCAUGGAAAUUUCUGUUGCAAAUGGGGUUUUCCUGGGACUGUUCACUAUAAACAAAAAAAGAAGACGGAAUCAUGCACCACAGAACCUCAAAGAAGCUGGCAUGCUUACCAAGCUCCCACAUAUUUCUCCCAAAAUGAAAUUCAUUAACCAUUGAGUGUUCUGGGGACCACCCCCACAUGCUCCCCGAUCCCAUUGCUCAGUUCCUUUUCUGAUGGGAGCAGAGCAUGGGAUGGUGUCUCUCCAACCCCGUGUGGUCAGCAGCACUGAGGCCACUCUCGUUUCCUAUCCCUCCCUGACAGUCUCCUUUAUCCUCAGCCCCUGACAGACUAUCUGUUCAGAGUAGGAAUUUAUCAAUAAGUAUUGAUAAGCAUGCCGAAAGGAAUAUGGGGGACUGGGAAUAUGCCUGAAACAUAAUGAAUGUUUCAAAGAAAUGAAACGCUCUGAAAAUGGAAUUUUCAAAGAUUCUGACAAGCACACAGCAUCUGCUUGUGGAUUUUAGGAAAACUUAGUCAUAGAAUUAUUCAGAGUUCACAUUUCAGCCGUGGGGAUGUUGUGCGCCUGUUGACAGCAGAGGUCCCUGUACAAGUUUGUUUUUUACUGUGUCUGUGUGUCAUUCACUAAAGAGAGAGUGUGGCUUAGAUGCUCAGAGUAAUUAAUUGUAGUAUUGAGAUAAUAGUGGCUUUGAAAUCCAGCUAUGCUUAUAUACGUGCAUGCUGUGCAGUUAGAUGCUCCUGGGUUCAGAUCUGCUUCCAUCACUACCAACUAUGUGGCCUUGUUUUCUGAUCUGCAAGCCAUGGAUUGUAUUGCUUACUUUGCAGGACUGUGGUAAAGGUUAGGCAUAUAUGAGGCAAGUGCAAUGCCCAACAUUUGGCAGAUGCUUAAUAAGUGUUGGCUAUUAUUAUUACUACUACUACUACUACUAUUGCUUUUGCUAUUGCUAUUAUGUGUGACCUAUAUAAUAAUCCUACUAAUAUGAGUGACGGCAAGAAUCAUGGACUAUGCAUCUAGCAUAAUCAGGAGGGUUUGACUGUUGUGAAUGAAUUCAAGGGCAGGACAAGCAGUGACAAGAGUUACUGAAGUUCAUCUGAUCUGAGUUCUGUUCAUUCAUUUAUUUGGGAUCCAAAUUCUGAACCCCAACUCUGUGCUAGACACUGUUCUAGGUGCUGGGAAAACAGCAAUGUGUUAGUCUGUUUUUGCUGCCAUAAAGGAAUCCCUGAGACUGGGUAUUUUAUAAAGAAAAGAGGUUUAUUUAAAUCACAGUUCUGCAAGCCUAACACCUGGUGGAAGCUGCCAAGGCUUACAGCUUAUACCCUCUGAAGCAACACCCUAAUCUAUACCUUGAGCCAAGACUGGAAUUGGAGCUGCCAGGAUGCAGGAAGCAGUGUCCCAAGGAAGUGCAGAGCAGUGGGGUCCUGAAUGUGGCCCCCCAAACCGUUCUUUUCUCCUAGGCCUCUGGGCCUGUGAUGGGAGUGGUGGCCUUGAAAAUCUCUGAAAUGCUUUCAAGGCCUUUUUCCCAUUGUCUUGCUUAUUAGCACUUGGCUCCCCUUCAGCCAUGCUAAUCUGUCUAGCAAGUGGUUGCUCCACAGCCCACUCAUAUUUCUCUUCUGAAAAUGUUCUUUCCUUCUCCACCACACAACCAGUUUGUGAAUUUUCCAAACUUUUAUGCUCUGCUUCCCUUUUAUUUAUAAAUUUCCCAGCCUCAGAUAGUCCUUUAUAGUAAUGCAAAUGGACUAACAGAAGCAACGAAUAAGAAGGGGUCCUGGACCCUCUACAACUCAUCUUCUAUUGAUAAAGAAAGAAAGAAGAAAAAAUGAAAAUAAGUUAGAAAACUCAAAUUUUGAUAAACUCUAUGAAGAAAAUAAUCAAGAAAUGGGAUAGAAGUUAGCUGGCAUGGCAGGGUGGAGUGGGUGAGUGACAUUAACGAGGAUGACUACAGAGAAACUUUCUGAUAAAAAAAACCCUGUAAGUAAAGAUCUAAGUGAUGUGGAUGAGGCAGCCACAUGAAGACCUGGGAGAAAAGUGUUCAGACAGAGAAGAUAGCAGGUACAGAGCUUUUUGUAUAAGAAGGUAGCAAAAAGGCCAGUAUGGCCAGAGAAUAGAGGAGGUAAGGAGAAAGAUAGGGGAUGAGGCAGGUGCUAACUCAUCAACAUCCUUGCAGGCCUUGAUGAGAGUUAGGAUUUCAUUAUAAUUGCAAUAAGAAGACAGUGGAAGGCUUUUUGGGGGGUAGGGGUGGCGAAUGACAUGAUUGGAUUGAUAUGUUGGAAAAGCCCAUCUGGCGACUGUGUUCAGUAACAGUGCACUUGCAUGAAGAUCCCUCACAGCAGCAGACAACACAAAUGCCCCCUCCCACCUAUCAAGAAAAUUUGGAAAGCCAAGCCAAUAGGAAACUGAAGCUACAAAGACCCAGCCCCUAGAAAGCAAUAUAAACAAGACCAGAAAAAUCAUGUGUUGAGGACAAGUUCACAUUGAAGUAAAACCAUAUUGACAUUGAUUGCAUUCCCUACCUGCUUAGGGGUUUGCUUCACCUAAACUAGCACCUUGGGAAUCUGUAAAAGCUUACAAUUUGAGAAAAGCAAGAGAUGACACCUGAUUAUCCUUUGAAUUGACUUCCAUGUCUGUGGCUGUUUUCCCUAAGUUCCUGUCCCUUACACACACAUUACAAAAUUUUGUCUCAAUUCUUUGCUUUUAAAGGAUUUGACUUUAACAAAUUCACACUGGGCACUUGCUUAGUAGGAAAGGAAAUAAGUGACUUUCAUCCCCUAUGUUAUAAAACUUUUGGGAGUAUUAUACACAGGCACAUACAGGGCACACUGGUAUGGCUUGUCAUUUUGUGACAAACUCUUGUCAGUUUGUGGUCUGGUGGAAAGCAUAUGGAAUUAGCAAUCAAGAAAGGUGAGAUUUAGUUCUGGCUCUGCUUCUAACUAGCAAUGCAAACUUGGACAAGAGAUUUAUUCUUUCAAGUCUCAGUUUCAUCUUGUCAUAUGGACAUAGAGUGAUACUUCCUUUAAAAAGAACUUGGGUAUCCUGGCCAGGCGCUGUGGCUCAUGCCUCCCAGCACUUUGGGAGGCCAAGGCGGGUGGAUCACAAGGUCAGGAGAUCGAGACCAUCCUGGCCAACAUGGUGAAACCCUGUCUCUACUAAAAAUACAAAAAUUAGUUGGGCGUGAUAGUCCCAGCUACUCGGGAGACUGAGGCAGGAGAAUUGCUUGAACCCUGGAGGCAGAGGUUGCAGUGAGCUGAGGUCGUGCCACUGAACUUCAGCCUGGCGACAGAGAGAGACUCUGUCUAAAAAAAAAAAAAAAAAAAAAAAAAAAAAAAAGAAAAGAAAAAAGAACUUGGGUAUCCUAAACAUGGUUGAGAAUCAAAUGCAAUUAAAAAAAAUCCUCCUCAAAGACCAAACUAGAUAUUCAAUACGCAUUUUAAAAUUUCCUAGCGGUACUAAUAGGAACGGUCCUCUCUCCAUACCUGCUUUGUCAUACCUCACACAUGUUGCUAACAAACUUGGUUAUUGAUUCCCGAACUCACUACGUAACAUUACAGAGUAGAAGCAGAUUCAAAGUGAGAAAGAUUCUUGUGCACUAACAUCAAGGAAAUGAGAUUACAUGUCUCUGUGUAUUGGGAGUGUCUUUUUUUUUUGUAAUCAGCAUAUCUAGCAUGUAAUAGGCACUCAAUAUAGACGUUUGCUGAAAUAAAAUUGAUGCUAUCAAUUGUCACUUUUUUUUAAGGCAGAAAACUCAAGGAUUCAAAUAGAAUUAAAUGAAUGUCUAGGUCAGUUAGGGCAAGGGCAAAGAAACUGAAAUGUCUUUUUCCCAAAAUCAUGGUAGUAAAAUACACAACCAAGUAUUAAUCUUGUACCCCAAAGAAAUAGAUUAUGGACAAUAUGCUGUAUUUUAAAAGGCAAGGAAGCCUUUUAUAUGUCUCAGCAAUGAAUUCAUUUAGAUUUUUAAAACAUGAACUGUCAAUUAUCCAGAAAAUAGAGCUGUCUAGAAUAAAUUAUUGUUUAUUUAUACAGAAAUAUUUAUUGAUCGCAUACUCUACACUGGGAAAAACAGGUAUGGCAUAAACAGACAAUCCCUUGCCCUCAUAAAAUCCACAUUCAGUUGGUAUAGUUAGAAACUAAGCAAGUAAACAUGGAAACGCAUAAGAAAUUUACUUCAGAAUGUUGGUGACUGAGGGUGUCAUUUAAUAAAACCUCACAAGUCCAUCUGAGGAAUAAUUAGAAAAUUAAAUGUAAAUGUGUUUCAAAGUUAAAUGCUCUCUAAAGAUGUAAAGGUUUAUUAAGUAAUAAAAUUUAUAAAGAAAACUGUCAGUUACUCAUGUUCUUCUGAUUUACUAUGUAUCAUUUGUGCAAAAGUAAUUGCGGUUUUUGCCAUUACACUGAUUUGAAAAAUAAAGUAAGUGAAAAAAUCAAAUUGCAGGAGUAUGUAGUGUAGCAUACAUAUAUAAAGUAUGACUUCACUCUUGAUUAUGUAUUGAACAUCUCUUCAAGGGCUGUUGCUUAAAAAAACACAUAUAAUGUUUUAUUUUAUUUUAUAAGGGACUUGUAUUGCUAUUGUAAUUUAAGUGUUUCUAAUGCAAAAAAAUAGUCAAUGGAAUGUUCAUGGGCCUCCAUAAAUAGGCGUGUGUGUGUUCAAAAGAAUCAGAACGUGUGUACAAUGGCAGCCACUAAACAUGAAAAGUCUGCUGUAUCCAGCUUGGGUAAUGAGGUAGAGAGAAAAAUCCAUCAAGAUGAACUUGGAGAUAAUUCCUUUAGCACAGAAGGCAGAAACGUUAAUUGAUGGAUGUGAUGCCCAUGCAGGACAACACAUUUAGCUCCCGAACAUGACAGCUUCAGUUGGCCAAAGUAAAAAUGAAAUGAAAUGAAAUGAAAGCCUCCUGAAUUGAGGUAUUGGGGAAGAAGAGAGAGAUGACUUUAUUGGAUACCAAACAUCUAUUUUUCAUUCAUACAAGAAGCUAAAUCUAAUUGGGAAAUAUCAUAGUCAUGAUCCUUGGGACAAAAAUCAGGACAGGAUCUCCCUUUUCUCUUUCUUCCUUUGUAUCUUUUAAAAACUAUUGUUAUUAAAUAAUUCAGGCCAGGCACAGUGGCUCAUGCCUGUAAUCCCAGUGCUUUGGGAGGUUGAGGCAGGAGGAUUGCUUGAGGCCAGGAGUUCAAGACCAGCCUGGGCAACAUAGUGAGAGCUCCUCUGUACAAAAAAAAAAAAAAAAAAUUUGAUAGCCAGGAGUGGCAGUACGUGCCUUUAGUCCAAGCUACUUGGGAGGCUGAGGCAAGAGUAUCGCUUGAGAAUGAGAGUUCAGGGUUAUCAUGAGUUAUUAUUGUGCCACUGCACUCCAGCCUUGGUGACAGAAUACGACCUUUUAUCUGAAAAAAAUUAAUGAAUUUAAAUAAAUAAAUAACUUCACUCGAGGUGAAGUAUAAAAACAAACAAGAAAGUUAUCUUUUCAUGAGAAGCUAUUUCCCUUGGAAAAAGCUGCAAAAAUCUAUGCUUGUGUUUCCUUAGGUGGAUGACUUGAGAAACAUGGUCAUGAUUUUAAAGAUCAUAGUCAAGGUGAAUAAAUCUUACACUGAACUCACCCUGAGCCUCACAUUACUACAGAAGAAAACAAAUCUUCCUGAUCCUGACAAAUCCAAAUUGAAGACUGCCUGCCUAGACAAAUCCCAGCUUAUCAAUCAGGCGACUGGGAGGAAGCUAAUCCAAGCACUGGACCCCUGCGCCCCAGCCUGCCUGGCAUUCACUGCUCUCUCUUUUGCUCUAUGCUUCUCUCCUCUGAGUACACAGGUUAUUCAAAUGGUGUGCCCAUUUUAGACCAGCAGACAACCCAAACAACCGGAAAAAAAAAAAAAAAAAAAAACAGGCAGAGGUGAGAAGAAUGCUUACAGUGUUUAUGAAGCAAAUUCAGGAUGUUUUCCUCCCAACAAUUUGCAUUUGCUUGGGGCAAAAGAAACUGACCCUAAAGGAUAAAAGGGAGGCAGAAGUUAAACACAGCUGGGUUUAAGCUCAGACUCGGCUCUGUGCUAGCUGUGCAACAUUGGGGAAGUUACUUCAUCUCCUCUGGCCUCAGCUUUCUCUUCUGUGUAUUGGAGAUAAUCAUACCUACCUGGGCAUUAUGUGAAGAUUAAGUGAGAAAAUGCAAGUCAAGGAUUUGGCACAGCUUGUCACAUAGUGAGCACUCAAUAUUUGAAAGUAUUAUUACUGAGAGAAAAGCAGUUCAAUUCUGAGUUGAGAUUCUGAAGGAAAUUUGUAUAAUUGACCAAAGAACAUCCUGGAAUAUGAGAUUGUUCCAGAAUGGCAUGGGUAGGAAUGCAAAAAUGGGUAGUUUUGUCCCUAUUGCUAAAUCAUAGUUACACAGAUGUACUGAAAGCUUUAGGUGAAUUAUAUAAUUUCUCUGGGUUUGGAUAUCACUGUCUUUAAACAGAUAAUAUUUAUACCUAAUCCUAAUGAACUCAGAGAUCAUGUAGCUUUGCCUUAGAGUAAUGUCACAUAUCAUAAGCACUGAUUUCAACAGCCCAAAAGUUGUUGAAAAGAUAUUCUGGUUUUUGCUGGAAUCCUGCAGACUUUAUAGAGGAUUUAAUACUUGGUUUACAGCAAUAUUAAAUCAACCUUUGCACUUUCCCAUCCACUUAAUUUACUCCCUGCAGCUGCUCCAAAGACUCUCCCUUCAAAUACUAUGAAAAACUAAACCCAUCCUCCACCACCAUCUCCAUGUCAUUCUUCCACUCUUCACCCCUCUCUUCUAUCAGCAUCUUAUUAAUUAUCUCAAUGUUUGGCCUCUCUCCCAGCAAGAAAGAAUCCUUCUCCUUUGAAAGGGAGGAAUACAAGGAAAGUUGAGGUGGCUAUUACAGAUGU